AACAAUCUGCAGGAGGAAUCACAGCCUAAAGUGCAGAUAUGAAGCGGAGAAAUGUGCUUAAAGAAGGGAGACAGAAGGUCCUAAUAAUGGCUGAGUCCAGCAAACUGGCUGUAGCUUGUGGAACAGAGUCAUCCCAAAGGAAGACAGAGGGUAGAGAUUUGGAUGUCCUUCUGAAAAUCACCAGAUGACAUAUAUUCCCUUGGAAAAGAGGAGAACAAAGCAACAUACCCGCAUUGAAGGCUUUUAUUUCCUACACACCUUUGGAAGGAGGUCACUAUGACAGGGCAGAGCCUGAAGGCUUUAUCUGAGGCGAAUUUUGAAGACAAUGAGAUCAGCAUCAACGUUGGAGGUUUUAAGAAAAAGAUGAGGUCCAACACAUUAUUGAGGUUCCCAGAGACCAGACUGGGCAAACUGCUGAGCUGUCACUCGAAGGAAUCGAUCCUGGAGCUCUGCGAUGACUAUGAUGACACCAAGAAUGAGUUUUAUUUUGACAGGAACCCUGAGCUCUUCCCCUACGUGCUCCACUUUUACAACACUGGCAAGCUCCAUGUGAUGGGCGAGCUCUGCGUUUUUUCUUUCAGCCAGGAGAUUGAGUACUGGGGAAUCAAUGAGUUCUUUAUAGACUCAUGCUGCAGCUACAGCUACCACGGGAGGAAAAUGGAGCCAGACCAGGAGAAAUGGGAGGAACAAAGUGACCAGGAAAGUACCACAUCUUCCUUUGAUGAGAUCUUGGCAUUCUAUAACGAUGCCUCUAAAUUUGACAAACAGCCCUUUGGAAACAUCAGAAGGCAGCUCUGGCUUGCUUUGGAUAACCCUGGCUACUCAGUCUUGAGCCGAAUCUUCAGUGUGCUCUCCAUCAUGGUGGUGCUGGGCUCCAUUGUGACCAUGUGCCUGAACAGCCUCUCAGAUUUCCAGAUCAUUGACAGCAGCGGGACCCCCGAGGAAGACCCUCGCUUUGAAAUCGUGGAGCACUUUGGUAUUGCAUGGUUCACUUUUGAACUGGUGGCGAGAUUUGCAGUAGCUCCUGACUUUUUAAAGUUUUUCCAGCAUGCCCUGAAUUUGAUUGACCUAAUGUCUAUCCUACCAUUUUAUAUUACCUUAAUUGUCAACUUGGUGGUGGAAAGUAGUCCGACCUUGGCAAAUUUAGGCAGGGUUGCACAAGUCCUGAGGCUCAUGAGGAUCUUUCGUAUCUUAAAGCUUGCCAGGCAUUCAACGGGUCUUAGGUCCCUUGGAGCCACCCUGAAGUACAGCUACAGAGAGGUAGGGCUCCUUUUACUCUACCUCUCUGUUGGCAUCUCCAUUUUCUCAGUAGUGGCCUACACCAUUGAAAAAGAAGAGAACGAGGGGCUAGCCACCAUCCCUGCUUGCUGGUGGUGGGCCACUGUUAGCAUGACCACAGUGGGCUACGGGGACGUUGUGCCGGGGAGCACUGCUGGCAAGCUGACGGCAUCUGCAUGCAUCCUAGCCGGCAUCCUGGUGGUAGUGCUUCCCAUUACACUGAUCUUCAACAAAUUCUCCCACUUUUAUAGGCGUCAGAAGCAGUUAGAGAGUGCCAUGAGGAGCUGUGAUUUUGGUGAUGGCAUGAAAGAAGUUCCAUCGGUCAACUUAAGGGACUACUAUGCCUAUAAAGUGAAAUCCCUUAUGGCUAGCCUUACAAAUAUGAGCAGGAGUACUCCCAGUGAGCUGAGCCUGAAUGAUUCACUGCAUUAGUGUACAAGUCUGACAGCAGUUUGCAUGAGAGCUAUCAAGAGCUGUGUUUAUAAAUGUUUUCCUAUUUGUCAUCCUUUUUUUUUUUUUUUUUUUUUUUUCCUAGAGGGUAAUGUUGCUGACACUGCACUAACUUUGCACUUGAGAAACAAAAGAAAUUUAUAUUCUGAGUUGACAGUUUGCACAUUCUCAUCCUGUUGCAUAGGCACUGAAUGCUGACUUUUCCAUCUGAAUAUUUCCAUUCCCCUGACAUGAGUGCUAGCAGUAUAGUGAUGAUUUGUUACUUCGUGCAUUUUCUCAUUUGAGCAAAGAAAUGAACAUACCCAAGUGGAAUAAAAAUUCUCAGCUGUGAAACUAAUGAUGAACAAAGCACCCACCACCUAAAGCGGUAUUUGUAGCAGUUCAGGACCAUCUCAAGACAGACAUAGGACUUCCAGUGCAUUUCACAACUGUUUUCAAAAAAAUCACCUGGGAAUCAUUGACAAGGGACAACUCUUCUCCAUCUUUCUGACUGGUAAUUUCAAUCGUCACAUGUCUGAAAGCACCUCCAAGCUUCAUAUUUCAAUGGAAGCUGGGUUACUCUUAACCACGUGUUAAAAACUGGGUGUUCUUGUUUGGAAAUGUUAUGUCCAGUAAUAUUUUUUUAGAAGUUCCUCAGCAUAGGCCUACCUCUAUUUCCAUGACGAGGUCAGUUUCUAGCCCUCCAGAGAAGCCCAGCCUCAUUUCUGGUGGCUGUGUCUUCCAUGGCUGCACUGCCACAAGCAACUUGAGGUAUGGAGGCCAUGGAGGCGUCUCAGGUUCCUGCUUUCGGAGGGGACGUGCACACAGAGUGGUUCCAGUGAAGAUACUCUGUAUUUCAGUCCAUCUAAAUGGUUCUGAGAUUAGGCACACAAAGAUGUGGGUUUUCAGCGAUUAGAAGCUCCAGUGGAAAAUCUGGAUUUGUUUAAUGAAGAGAAAUAUUCCCACAUGAAAAGUGCAGGCAGCAUUUUAGGAACUGACAUUCAUAUACUGCAAAAAGACUAAUUAUAAAGAUGCCAUAUGUGACGCUGAGAUACAGAGUCUAAUUUUAUCAGGAAAGCUUGAAAGCAGGUGUUGAUGGCAGCCAAUUCCAUUACACUUUUUGCCAAGGAAACUCUAAUGAAAAAAAAAAAGCCUUGCAAGUCACAUUUUCCCUCAGAAAGGAACUCACAAGUUACAGCUGAGAAAGAGUGCAAGGGCCUAAGAAAAGAACACAUACAGAAAAAGAGCUUAGUGCUGCAUGCGCUGUGGGCAGAUCCUCCCACCAGUUCCGUGACGCAGCCGAUGCAAACCCUCUCAAGGGCUGGCCUGUACUUUUAUUUAAAAAGAGAGAGAGAGCAAAUCAUCUGGGUUCUCAACAGUAAUCAUGAAUCUGCAUAAACUUAUUGAGCGAUCAGCCUUUUCCCUUAUGUAACUGUUCCGAGAUCAAACACUUGUAGCCAACAGGCAGAUCCAACCCCUUCCUCUCCCAGCACCUCUGCUGCUCUGUGCUGUAAUAUCCCGCUGGCACUCAGAGGGCACAGCGGCAUUUCUUUUCAAAUCCAUCGCCUUUUCCACCCCAUUUACUACAUAUGUAGUAAAUAUACAUAUGCGUAGCAACUGAUUGUUUUUCGUUUUAACUUGAGAAGACUAGAGAGGUCCAGAAAAUACAUUCAAACACAUUGCAACUGAAACUGAAAUACUGCAGCUAAAAUUGCCUUGUUUGGAAGCCCAUGUUUGUGUACUGCAACAAGGGGUGGUACCUAAACUAAAGCAGCCACAGUAGCAGAAUGAAGCAAAUAUGGUAAGGAUAUGUCCUCUUUCAGACUAUCAAGGGUUGCCAUCUGAAUCUUUUGAUGGUGAUGCUGUAUCAGCUCAACCCAGAACCAGACGGCUGAGCACUCAGGAUCAGACUCCAGUGAUCUACCAAAGAGCACUCAAUAGGAAAUAUCUUUCCCGCACACAAAAUGUCCUUUGAAUGCUGUUUCCUCAGAGUUGAUUUAGGCCACAACCUGAGGAAAACAGGUCCUUCCCAGCCUCCUCACAGCAAAACUCUGAGAGAUUUCAGCACAGCAUUCACAGAUGUCAGAUGAUGCUCUCUAUCUCCAAGCACCAAACAGCCAUAUACAUGGCCCUGAAGACUGACUUAGGCGCUGAAUGAGGUAUCUGAACUCGAAACACUUUUCACUCCUGAGUUACCAAGGGGAUUGAAAUACCAUAAGUGAAAGAAGAAGUGGGCUUGUGUAGCACAUUCACAAGCUCCAGUUGAGCUAAACACUACAGGUGAGGCAGAAUCUCCCACUGGUGCCAAGGCCAGUCCAGCUCCCAUUAGUUUGGGGCCUGCAGAGAAUCUCCCAAGUCGUGGUUUUAUCUCAGUUCCACAAUCAGCAGAUUCACAGAGCUUAAAACCAGUGACUUCCAGGGCAGUUAUUGGAAGGGACCUGUAAACUUGCCAAAGAGUCACAAAUUCCCUCAGCUGUUAUUAGUUUAGCGUUGCAAAGGUUGGAUCCAAACUUUACAACACAUCAUUUCAAUAACCUAUAGCUUAUCUUAUGUUCCAGAUUUAUUAUUCAUCGAGCUGAUGCUCUGUCAUUUCUGCAAGUAUUGAAUGGAAUGUGUCCAAAUUGCGUUUUACUGAAGAAAAUGAAAUACCCCAAGGAAUUAUGACUUUUAUUGUACCGGUUGAAAGGAAUUUUCGUUAUUGCUUUUUUAUAUAAGUGCUUUGGAUCAAAGACACUAAAUAAAUAAAGUACUGAAAUUUAAUAUGUUCUUAUUAUCAUGACAAUGACUCUGUGCAGUACACAGGAAUUCCCUUCAUAAACUUAACUAGCUCCAUGUCAAAAGUAGCCAGCCUUUGCUCCCACUCCCCUGGAAUUGCAUUCCAGAACCGCGCUGCUCUCCAAGACUUGUUUAACUGUUAGCGUAAUUUUACUAACAG